ACUUGAAAUGAAAUUGAAAGAGUGACCUUUUUGACCGACUAUACACUUACAGACUGGUAUCGCAUGGUAUUUACAACACAUGCGAUACACAAUUAAAUUACACGAAGAAACUGUCAAUAGGUUUUAUUAUCAUGGGAUUAUUCAUAAUCAAAUAUGGAUUAUAAUGGUAGAAUACUACGCCAAAAAGAAUUACAAGACAUCGUGGUAAAAUCAAAAACCAUUGUUCAAAUUUAAAGUAACUGUGGAAUUUAGAUGUGGAAUUAUAUGAGUUCAUAUGAAAGAUAUGCGAAUAUUUCUAAUAAGAUAUAAUAAAGUGAAAGGGAUGUUUUGAAAGAGGAAGGUAUAUACAUAUAUAAAAUCUGUUGGAGCCCAGUCUCAGAACCAUCAUGAGCAAUCCAAAAUACUUCCAUGUAAUGAUUAAACCACGAAUAGACAGAGUUCACCUGGAAUUUCUGUUAGAAUUUAUCAGUCGUGAUCAUGACAUGGCGGAUCUGGAUGAUCCUCAUAUAGUGGAACUAAUGCGGAAAGGAACAAUCCCACCAUCUUUGUCCCUGAGAGCGCCACCUACACACAUUGGCACAACACAACACCGAAAUGAUACUUUGGGUAUAUCAAAAGAGGAAAUCUCCAAGAGAUACAUCAUAAAGCUUCACCGAGAUAGACUUCGAAAUAAUGAAGCUGUUUACAAGUCUUUGGAUAACCUGCCAAUUAAGAUAAAACAAGUUGCUCAAGAUUCCUUUGAAAAAAGUUCGAGUGCAAGAAAAUCUUCUCCGUCAAGUUUUCGGAGUAGAAAAAGUUCGCGAUCUAUUCAUCUUCAAGAUGUUCGAGAUCAUAAAAAUCAAACAAUUACAAAAUCACUCGAUUCUCCAUGGAACAAGAGCAAGGCCAUAAAUCCACGCAAACAACGUUCAAAGACUAAGUUGUUACCAAGGGUUAAUGGGAGUUCAGAAUCAGAGAAAUCCAAAAAUGAAGACGAGCUUAAGCAUGUUAGUUUUGAACCAAAUGCGUUUAACAUGCUCGAGUCCGAAAUGCCCUAUAUCUUUUCAGCUGGUUUCCAAGGCUAUCAAAAUCGUGUUAAAUUGUCAAGAAAAAGACCUAUAGCAUUUGGACAAACCAUAAACACUACUGGGUCCAAUAGCAAUAGUGGUAUAAACAUUAACAGCAAUCAAGAUUUUCAAAGACGAUAUCAGCGAGUCUUAGAUGCUGAUAAGCAGCCUCAUUUUGUGAAAACUUCCCUCAUAAAGGGCCAGCGUGUAAACAAUACUUACAACAAAUACAAACAUUUAUUUAAUGAAGCUGAAACUGAAACUGAACGAAGUGAGGAACUAUUUGCAAUCAAAUCAGUGCAACGCAUCAAUGAACCAUUUAUUUUUACAUCUCCGGCUUCCCCUACUCGUGUUCCAAAUCCUAGUCUCUACUCUGAAUGUCAAAACUCUGAACUGGGUAUCAACACUCUGACAUCACCUCCUUCCAGAGCAGCGUCUAGUACCCUCGCAGAUGUGGACUCUCGUGAGAAUUCAUCUCGCGGUGACCCAGAUAAUGAGUUUACGCAAAAUGAUGAAAACUACAAUUUCGAACCUGUUGCAUACAAAGAAAGUGAUGAAAAAUCAGAUGACACAGAACAAAGGAUUCCUACUUUGUCUUUAGAGUUAUUGCGAGUCCACGAAAGUGCUACUUCAGCUCAAACGAAGAAGAGCAUUGCAUGUAAUUUAACGGACAUCACAGAACGUGACGAAAGCAAUCUAACGAAGACAACAAGAAGUGAAAUUGGUCCAGACAUGAAAAUUUCCGUAAAAAUCAACUUUAAAUCAAAAGAGGAUGUAAUUGAAGAAAGCAACAGUAUCAUAUCAGUUUCAUCGAAAAGAAGUAAAGACAGCCUUACUCCUAGACAACCACGACAUAAUGCAAGCUCGGAAUCUAAACGGACUGCUAGUUCUUUAUCAGAAACCCCACUAGAUACCAUUAGAGUAGAAGGACGCUUAUUUGGUGAGCAUUCAGACAUGGAAAAACGUAGAAGUAACUGCGAACCAGUUAAAAAUACAGUAAGCACCGAAAGAAGUGAUCACAGUUCUGUGGACGAGGAGAAAGAAAUUCCUCAGAUAAUUGUGGAUUUGAAUACUUUAAAAACAGUUAAGACACCAAUAAAGAAAAACAGAAGUGACAUUAGAAGUUCAAAUGAGGAGAAAAAAGAUCAUAAACAUAAUAAGACGUAUUCAGAAAAAAAUAAUGUAAGACACACAGACGUUUCUCCUUCAGAGGAUAAUAAUGGUUUCUUCCUAACAUAUGAAGAUGAACACGAUUCGGCUUUAUCACAUUAUGAAGAAUCGUCGAAAAUUGAAGAACUUCGUGACUUUAAUUGCAAUAAAGACACUACACCACGGACGGAGGUUGAUGACAGUGGAAUAUCCAUUUCUACUUUCGAGAACGAGACAAUCAAAUGCUAAAUGUUUAAAAAGAAGUGCAUAGUAUUUAAAGUUAAAUCAUAAAUGGUAUGAAAAUGAUUUCAUAUUUUAUUACUCAUAUUGUCAUAGUAUGUACACAAAACCUCUUUACCUCGCACAAAUUAAAUUAAGAAAUUAUAUAAGAGUGAAUCUGAGCAGGAUUGGGGUAACUUAUUCAAUCGGUAGUUGAUGGCAGACUAGUUUCAGAUUUUUUUCUAUUCCUUAUUUGAAUUAAGAUCUUGUCAUAUUUUAUACAUGCACUUGUCUAUUUUUGAAAACGCUAUGUUGACACUUGCUUUUUUGUGUCUCGUUGUUGAUGUCUCAUUGAUGUAUACCAAACUUCUAUAUUUUGUAAUUCUUAUUGAUUCAAACCAUCAUGCUGUACCAAGGUAUAUUUCGUUGCAUUUAUAAAAUCUUGGUACCUUUUCAGCAGACUGAGUAUAAAAUAAUAUGUUCAAUCGGUAUCGAUAAAGGAAAAUGCAUGUUUUAGGUAGAAAGUCUUGCCACUAGCGUUACAUGAAUAUUCAUAAAAUGGUUUGUUAAAAACAAGUAAACUUCUUACUUAGUUGAAGUGACUUAAUAUUGUUAUAGUUAUCUAUAUAAUUCUUUAUGUUUUCUCAGGUCUGUGCUAACAUAAUCAUGAAACAAAGAUAUCAUUUUAAGAAGCAUAAAACAAAGAUUACAUCCACUUUAUUUGAACUUCUGUGAAUAGUUGUCUCAUUGGCAAUCAUACCACAUCUCCUUAUUUUCAUAAUGGUAAUUUUGCUAAACAUACAAAAUUAUGUCCAUUUUGGUUUGUUACAUUUUUGUCUCAAUGACGUUUAAUCCGCAUUUUUUUUUAAUUUGCAUAUUUAGGUAAGAAUCAAUUUAUUACAUAUUUCUUUUGCCUCUCUUUAAAUCAAACGAGUACAUGCGGGCGUUUCUUCUGUUUGAAAACACGUAAUAACUGAAUUCCGUGAUUCAUUUCAAAUAUUUUAUUACCGAUAAUUCUAAAUCAUUUGUUUUACAUUUCAUGUAUGUUCAUUUUUUUAUAAGUAUCAGCAUACUUUUAUUUCUAUCUCAUUUAGAAAAUGAUGAAAAAGACUUUUUAUUUAUUCAUAUUAUUUGUUCAGUAUAAGAAUGUUAUUAAAUUCAUCUUUGUUA